AUGCGGCUGUCCGAACUUGGGUUGAGAUGGUACAACGCGAAAAAGGUAGACAAACGUCUGUUUCGAGCUCUUGCCCAAUUUUGGAAUCCGGCCUACAGUUGUUUCACGUUCGGGAAUGUUGAUUUGGUGCCUACAAUAGAGGAGUACACGGCUUUACUUCGGUGUUCGAAGGUUCAAGUAGAUAGAAUUUAUUCGAAAGUGGUAAAUGUACCGACCUUCUUGAGGAAGCUGAUGAAUAUAACAGGGAUGAGUGAGCAGUGGGUUACAGCUCGGAUUAAGCAAAAAGGGGAUAGCAGGUGUAUUCCUUGGAAAAGUUUGGGGGACCUCAUUUUAGCACACCUAGAUGCGAGGAAGAAAGUAGACGUCUUUGCUUUAAGUAUAUAUGGCUUAAUUGUGUUUCCUAAGAGUUUGGGACAUAUCGACGAGGCGGUCACUGAUUUAUUUGAUCGGUUUGAUAAGAGAGUUACACCAGUCCCGGUAAUUUUGGCAGAAACUUUUAGGUCAUUAAAUGCAUGUCGAAUAAUGGGAGAGGGUAGAUUUAUUGGAUGUGCGCAGCUACUACUUGCGUGGUUCCAUAGCCACUUUUGGAAGGUUGAUAAGGUUUCAUAUCAGGAGAAUAUCGAGUGGAGAGCUCCGUGGUUGCUUCCAGAUAAGAUUCUAUAUCGGUGUGGGGAUUUUGACUGGGUUCUAUUGCUCGGGAUUUGGAGAGCUGUUGGUUAUGCCCCAUUGCUAGUACUAAGACAAUACAGGUCAAGACAGUUUGUGUCUGCCACUCAAGGACUAGCUGAGUGUGAAUUCUCGUACAAGGAUGAUGGCUACAAGAGGAAAGCUCGUGAGAUGGCUAAUACAUGGAAUCAGACUCGCCGAAUGAAGAGAUUAGCUGUGGGUCUAGUGACAACUUCCGAGUACGGCGAAUGGUGGGUUAGGAGGAUUAAUGACAACAUUUUGGGGCCUAGUUCAGACAAUAGUCAGUCGAUAGAAGAGCAUUUGCGCGUCGUUCCUUCUGAGCUGGAAAUCAUAAAGCAAGACUUCGAAAGAAGAUGUGCAGAAUUAGAGAAAAAAAUAGAGCAAAUGGAGGAAGAAAAGGUGAGUUUGAGACUGGAUGUGGAUAUUCAGAAGCUCGAGGCUAAUAGGAUAAGAAAAGAAAAGCGUAAAGCUGAGGAAGAUUUGGAUAGCUUGAGGACUGAUUAUAAAAAGCUACAUCUCUCAGCGAGAACUGCCGGGUUGGAGAAAACUUCGGAACAGUGGCGUCAAGAGAUUUAA